UCGAGGACAGAGCGGCAGCCUUCUUCUCUCGUCCUCUCACUGUUUGUCUCCGCAGACGGCGCGUUUUUCGCAAUGAAGCGGCGUUCCCAGACCUGUGGCGUUGAGAAGAGCGAGUCCCGCGCUGCGUCCCCGGCCCGAGGACGAGCAUCACGGUCUGAUCCGGCCAAGGGCGAGCGCCGCUCAUCGCCCGUGAUGGCCCGUGGCCCACCCGCGGUCCCAGUCAACCAGCAGCGGACGGGAGGCGCCGACGACAGCGAGGCAUCUCCGUCUACCGCCGAGUCUACGAGUCGCACCGCAACGAGCAUCGAGAGCGAGCCGGGCACCGAAUCCACCACAGGAAGCACGUCCCUCGGUUCCAGCGCGUAUGGAAGCUCAGCGACGUCACUCGGAGCCACCCGCCGCACGGUUCGCAGGGCGAAAGCGCCGAGAGGAGGCCCCUCCCGUCGCCGCCGCGGCCGCCAGGGGUUCAAGUCGUGGUGGCGGGCGCACCACGACAAUGUGCUGGUGGCUGCGCUCGGACUGUUCAUCGUCGCCUGCAUCGCGGCCACCGUGGUGGACCGCUGGCUUUCCUAUCAAGCCAGCGUGACGACCACACCCGUGGCUUCCUCGGAGCGGAAGGCAGUGAGAGCUUUGGAUGCGCCGGCCACCCCAUUUGGCACUGCUGCCAAGGCAAGAACGACGACACUGACUGUUGCCGUCGCCCCAACGAAACCAUCGACCAAGGGCUGGAGUCGCUACCACUCGUUCCCGUCGACACCGGUGUCGUCGUCGUUCGAGGCGGAAGCAAGCAGUGAACCGGCAGACAUUACCAGCGAGCCUUACACCGAGGCGACUGCCUCGACGACGGUGAGGACGCGUUCGACGAGGGCAGCCCCCGUGCAGAGACGGCGACGCCGGCAGCGGCCCACCCGGGCCUCCUCGACCACAGAGCGGCGAGCCCUCGAGUCCUGGCGCCGUAGCCGUGGCGCCGCGAUCAAGGGUAGCGGCGAGCUGCUGCGCCGAAAGGUGCACUCGGCACACCGGCAGCCCACUGGCACGCCCCGUCGCCAGUUCAGCACUGCGUCACGUCCGCCAUUGCAGAAGAGUGGCCGUUGUGGCGCAGUCCGCUACACCUACUGCCCGCGGCUGCGGCGCGAGGCCUUCUACGACCGGGAGACGGGCGACUGCGUCGCGGUCACCACUGCCGCCGCGCAGGACGCGCAACAGGAAGUGGCUGCUUGGGCGGCAGCUCAGCGCGGAGUCCGGGGCCGCGGCGUCGACGCGACGCCGCUCUGCAACAGCAGCCCCAACCGCUUCGCGUCGAUGGACAGCUGCCGCCACAACUGCCUGCGAAGCGAGCUGCCCGCCGAGAGGUGCUUCGACAAGGCCAUCUUCGUCGAGUGCCGCGGGGAACAUGUACGGUCCACGCGGUGGUUCUUCGACGGCCGCCGCUGUCGCACGUGGCACUUCCCGGCCGGCCGGUGUCCCGACGCCAGCGCCUUCCGCACUCGGAGCCAGUGCUCCCGCAUAUGCCCAUCUUCUCCGGGGGCGCCAGAGGGGAAGCACAAGCCGGACCAUCGCUGUGGCCCGCCCCGGUCGCAGCCGUGUAGCGAGCGCCACCUGCGCUUCCCCUUCUUCGCCGACGUGUCCUCGGGCGAUGGCCGCGUGCGCUGCCUGCAGGCGUCGCAGGCGACGCUGGUCGGUCGCCGCUGCCUGGUCGCGCCGAACCGCUUCUCGGGUGUGGCCGAGUGCCGCGCGGCGUGCGUCCGGCACGCUGGCCGAGCUCAGCCGAGCCGCCCGAGGAGUCGUCGCGAGGAAGAGAACAAGGCCAUGCAAGAGGAGCCACGAGGCCGUCGCCGCGCGCAUGCGCGAUUUUUUAACGUUUCGAAAAUAUCGAUGCAUUAA